AUGGACAAAGAGCUUACCGAAGAAGAGAAGAAAGACUUCAGGAAGGAUUGGGCUCCAAAGAUCAGACCGCUAGCACGGCCGGUUGAUAACGCCGAGGAACAGAGGAGGAAUCGUGCUGCCGUCAUCCUCGACAAUUAUCAAGAGUUGAUGAGAUAUGCCCUGGCAAACGAACAGUCGAUACCGGCCACUCGUGUGUACUUCCAAAAGGUUGCGGCGGGAGGUUCACCGGCGCCCAUUAUCAAGGAUUGGUUUAAGAUCGCUAGUUGA